GUGUUGUGUGUGCUACCGUUGUGUGACGAUGCCCAUCACAAAGUGAUCCAUCAAACCGAUCAUCAUCAGCGUUGAUUGGCCACCGCUGAUUGUAUCGAGUGCUCCGUGAUAUGAUGCGUUAUCAAGGACACCGUAUUGUUUAACCUCAUGUGCAUGCUGGUUGAUUAGGUUAUAUGCCACCCCAUAGCAGCACCAACACUUGCGCGAAAGAUUACAUAAAUUUUCAUCAAACAUUCGCCAAACUGGUGCCGGUUUGUUGUGUUGAUAGCGCUAGUUAGUAGCAGUAGCAGUAGUAGUAGUAGUAGUGACAGAAAUACACCAUCAACCUAUAUUUAGUGCGUGCGUGCAAGUCUUGGUGAACUUGACCACGGGAAUGAGAACGAUGAACAGAAGCGCAGAUGAUUUCAUUUAGCAGCAUAUCUCUGCUUCUAGUGGACGUUGCGUGUGUUUACUGUGGAACAGCAUAAUGUGUUCGAGUUUCACUUUCUUCGCCAUCAUCGUGUCUCUCGGCGUUACGGUACAUGGAGCAAAUAUACUUUGCCUAAUGGGAGUUGCUAGUCCCAGCCAUCAUAUAUGGAAUCGAGCCAUUAUGGAUGGACUUGCCCGUCAAGGACACAAUCUAACCAUCCUGUCAGCAGAUGUAGAAACGAACCAACCACCAAAUGUCCACUAUGUACAUCUGGAGGAAAUCUAUCCUACGCUUUACACAGGCCCAGACUCGAUCGAUUUGCUAGAGAUGGCGAAUGAAAACUUAUUCAAAAGUGUUAUCUCCUUUUAUCGCGAUUUUGUAGUGCAUGAGUGUGCCGGAACACUUAAAUCGAAAGGAUUAAAAUUUGUGAUGGACUAUCCGGAUGAUUUUCGGUUCGAUCUUGUACUGCACGAUUUUACCUGUGGACCGUGCUUGCUUGGUCUGCUGCACAAGUUCAAAUAUCCACCAUUGGUUAGUGUGACCGCCUUCAAUAAUCCACCCUACUCGACGGAGGUAAUCGGUGGCCAUAAGUUUUACUCGUACGUGCCAUUUUAUUCGCUCAGCUACGGCACGGAGAUGAAUUUCUUCCAGCGUGUCCAUAAUACGCUGCUCAGUCUUACCGAUGUGUUCUAUCGUAACUGCAUUUCCAAUCCACGCAUUGAUACGAUGAUGCGGGAAUACUUCCGCUACGAUGAUCUUCCGUACGCUCCAGAGCUGCACCAAAGAUCGAAGCUUAUGCUGGUGAAUGCACACUACUCGAUCGAUUUCCCCGAAUCUUCUCCACCGAAUUUGAUUCCCGUCGGUGGUCUACAGAUACGUGAACCGGCACCACUACCAACCGAGCUGGAGCAGUUUAUAAACGCGAGCCGUAAAGGUGCGGUACUGUUUUCGCUCGGUACGAACGUUCGCAGCGAUCAGUUGGAUAGUACGCGACAGCGAAUGAUCAUUGAGGCGUUACGUCAGUUGCCGGAGUAUCACUUUCUUUGGAAGUUUGAAACGGACCUAAAAAUUGCACUGCCGAAAAAUGUGAUCAUACGUCCGUGGAUGCCCCAGAAUGAUCUACUGGCGCAUCCAAACAUGAAAGCCUUUAUAACGCAUGCAGGUUUACUGAGCACACAUGAAGCCACGUGGUACGGUGUACCGAUCGUGGGCAUUCCAUUCAUAGCAGAUCAGCACAGAAACUUAGAACGAUGCGUCCGAUCGGGAGUGGCAAAGCGUGUGUCCUUUCAAACGAUGACCACCGAACAGCUACGCGAUGCAAUCAAAGAAGUACUGGAGGAUCCUCAAUAUCGCAUCAACAUGGCAGCACAGUCGGAACUGUUUCGUGACCAGCCAGAGAAACCACUGGCACGUGCUAUUUGGUGGAUCGAAUGGGUACUGCGUCAUCCCGAUGCAACGCAACUUCAAUCGCCGGUGUUUAAGUUGGGAUUCCUGAAGACAUACCUUCUGGAUGUUGCUUUAUUUUUUGCAGCACUUCCUGUUUUGGUUGUGUUACUACUGAAAAGGUGGAUGAAGACAUCGCCGCAGAUUACAGACAGCAAGAAGCGAAAGUAAUGACAUAUAUCUGGAUGGAUUAAGUCAGUAUUCGAGGUGUGAAUGUAUGACAUUCUAGAUGCCUAUUUAAUACUCAUUCGUGUGUUCCUAAUCAUUUCCCAAUCAAUUUUGUCAGAAGAAAGUGCCCCAGAUAAUAAAUUCUUUUUUU